UCGGUCGCUUUCGGGGACGACGCUGCUGUGCUGAUAUCCCAAUGCCCCCGCCCUCUUCGUUCUCGUCCCCACACUGCUCGUCAGCUCGUGUAUCGUUGGUGUGGCCGUAGCCCCCUUGGCCCCCUCCGUUCCCCACCGCCAUAGUACGUUGCCAGUAUAAGCUGCAGGCCUCGUCCGUGCAGCGUAGAGCGUAUCACUCACUGUGCGUACGCGGGGAGGGGGCGGUUCCGGGCGAUGGGUUUCGCUCCUUCCCUGCGUGCUGGUUUCCUCCUCGUGCUUCUCGGCCUCUGCGCGGCGCUCCCGCCGCCGGCGCCGCCGGAGAUGCUGCACGAGAGCUUCGCGGGGAAGUCGGAGUUCCGGACGGUCAACCGGAGGCCGCUGGAGUCGUGCCGGAACCCGAGCCCGUACCUGUCCAUCAAUGUCAGCACCGCCGGGCCGCUGCCCGACGAGGCGUUCGUCAAUGUCACCGUCGGCGGCGUCUUCAGGCCCCGUGGCUCGCACUGGGUCGCCAUGAUCACGCCUUCAAACUCCAGUGUUUCCGGAUGUCCACUGAGCGGCGUGAACUAUUUGGAGACCGGCGACACGGCGAAGCUCCCUCUUCUCUGCCACUACCCUGUGAAGGCCCAGCGGGUGAAGAGCGACCCGAGCUACCUGGGGUGCAAGAAGGCGGCGUGCCAGAAGCGCGACGCGUCGGGCGGCUGCCAGGUCCGGACGUGCGGCGCCACGCUGACGUUCCACGUCAUCAACUUCCGCACGGACGUGGAGUUCGUCUUCUUCGCCGGCGGGUUCCAGACGCCGUGCCUCCUCAAGCGCUCCGGUGUCCUCCGCUUCGCCAACCCGGCCAAGCCCCUCAACGGCCACCUCUCCAGCACCGACUCCACCGCCACCUCGAUGAAGCUCACGUGGGUGAGCGGCGACGGGAGGCCGCAGCAGGUUCAGUACGCAGGAGGCAGGGCUGCUGCUUCCGUGGCUACGACGUUCACUCAGAAGGACAUGUGCAGUGCUCCCCUGUUGCCGAGCCCGGCCAAGGAUUUCGGGUGGCAUGACCCUGGCUACAUCCAUUCGGCCGUCAUGACCGGCCUCCAGCCUUCUCAGUCCUAUGACUAUCGCUAUGGAAGUGAUUCUGUGGGUUGGAGUGACACUGUCAAGUUUAGAACCCCUCCAGCUGCAGGGUUAGACGAGACGUCCUUUGUGAUCUAUGGCGACAUGGGGAAGGCUCCACUAGACCCAUCGGUGGAACACUAUAUUCAGCCGGGAUCGAUCGCUGUGACCAAAGCAGUCGCCAAGGAGAUGCAGACCGGGAAGGUCGACUCCAUCUUCCACAUAGGAGACAUCAGCUACGCCACGGGGUUUCUGGUCGAGUGGGACUUCUUCCUUCACCUCAUCAGGCCGCUCGCUUCUCAGGUCUCCUACAUGACCGCCAUUGGGAACCACGAGAGGGAUUAUGCAGGGUCUGGGUCUGUGUACGUGACCCCGGAUUCGGGCGGCGAAUGCGGCGUCGCCUACGAGUCCUACUUCCCCAUGCCCGCUGCUGGCAAGGACAAGCCGUGGUAUUCCAUCGAGCAAGGCAGCGUCCACUUCAUCUUCAUGUCCACCGAGCAUUCCUGGUCGGAGAAGUCGGAGCAAUAUAACUGGAUGGAGAGGGAUUUGUCGUCGGUCGAUCGAUCCAGGACUCCAUGGGUGAUCUUCAUUGGGCAUAGACCAAUGUACUCAUCGAAUGUGGGCAUAAUUCCCAGCGUGGACCCGGACUUUGUUGCCUCUGUGGAGCCACUCUUGCUCACCAACAAGGUGGAUUUGGUUUUCUUCGGCCAUGUGCACAACUACGAGAGGACCUGCGCAGUUUACAAGGGCAAGUGCAGAGGCAUGCCGAGGAAGGAUGCCAGUGGCAUCGACACCUACGAUAACAGCAACUACACUGCGCCAGUCCAUGCCAUCGUUGGAGCAGGAGGGUUCAGCUUGGACGGCUUCUCUCUCAUUCCGCAGAGCUGGAGCGUGUCGAGGAUUUCAGAGUUUGGCUAUGCCAGGGUGCACGCCACUAAGACCAGUGUGUUGGUUCAGUUUGUAAGCUCAGGCACAACGGAGAUCCGGGACCAAUUUAGAAUUGUGAAGGGAGGCAGAUGAUCCAAGUGCUGUUGCAGCCUGCAGCUUGCUCGAGGCAGAUAUGAAGGGAAUAUAUAUAACUGGUUUUCUCUCACUUGUGAUGUACUGUAAAUACUGAUGAAAGACGAACGCUGAAGUGCAAUUAACACGUCAGUGUAUAGCUGUGUACGGUUACUGUAAGAUUUAUAUCAAAAUGUGUUCCUUUCAUACUCCCUCCUUUCCGGUUUGAAUGGCUCAAAUAUGAAAUCUUAUCAACCAAGGUAGAUUGUGAGUGGAUGGCACAAGUUUGUGGAUAUAAA